UAAACAAAAACAGAGAACAAAAUGUGAUAACGAAAAAAUAAACAAUAAAUUGUGCAAUAAAAUAUAAGGAUCGCAACAAGCGAACUGGAGUGCUGUACCAAACGACGCAAAAGUGAGACCAAAAAGGUACUAAUAUUUAGCGUUAAACAAAAUAACAGCAAAAAUUAUUUGGAAUUACAUACAGGAUAUGCUAGUCGGAUUGGCUGUCGAAAAGUACACAACGACUGCUUCAAAUUCAAAUUCAGUCGACGAGCCGCUCAGCAGACCUGCGCCAGCGAAAAUGGAAAUAGCAAGUCAGCUGUAGAGUAAACAGCGACAACGCAAACAAAAAAUACAAAUCACUACAACCGGCAACAACAAUCACAGCUCAAAAGAGGCUCCUUACAUUUUUCGCAUCGUUCGGCAGUUACGUGUAGGUGUACCACGUGACGCUGCUACCGCUCCUGCACCACCGCUUUCGAGACAUUCGUCACAGCAUUCGAGUAUUUCACGUGUCAGAAAGCAUAGAUUUACCCGGCUGAAUGUUAAAGGAACCGGUAGACGUUGUUAAAAGACGCAAAUUGUCGUUGUCGCAGACGCAUAGCAUUGCGUCGACAGCCACGCCAGCGUCUAUGGACAGCACAUCGGUUGCCACCACGACGCCGCCAAAUACACCGCCUACACCACCGCUCAACAUGAUAAUGACCACAGCACGUAGUCAUCAAAAUAUAAGCAACACCAGCAGCAGCAACAACAGCAGUAGCAGUAAUAAUGUCUGCGGUACGGGCAACACAACUUGUACACUGGUGGCCGCCAGUUCAGCGCCCACACUCGCGACCACUACAAUGGCUAGCUCACUGUUGAGCACCGGCAGCCAGCACACACCCUCAUCGAAUAGCGCUACUGCUACUGCUGCCGCAGCCGUUGCUGCUGCAGUGGCUGCUGUUGCAGCCGCCAGUACCAACUCCGCAACACCCGCCAACGGCGUCACCAGUAGCGCCGUACAAGAUCACUACAGCCUGCGUUGGAAUAAUCAUCAAAAUCAUAUAUUGCGCGCUUUUGACGCACUCCUGCAGACCAAAACUCUGGUAGAUGUGACGCUGGUGUGCGCCGAGACAAGCAUACACGCGCACAAAAUGGUGCUCUCAGCGUGUUCGCCCUUCUUUCAGCGCGUGUUCGCCGAGACGCCGUGCAAGCAUCCGGUUAUUGUGCUCAAGGACUUUCAGGGUUGGGUGGUGCAAGCCAUCGUAGAUUUCAUGUAUCGUGGUGAGAUCAGCGUACCGCAGGAGCGUCUUCAGACCCUCAUUCAGGCGGGUGAAUCUCUGCAGGUGCGCGGUUUGGUCGAGAGUUCAGUGCCAGAGCAUACACCGACACCAGCCGCAUCCCCGGAUGGCUUCGGUAUGAUCGAUACGUCGCUGAUGUCGCCUGAGCUUGAGCGUUGUUCAAGCUUUGAUGAUGAGUCACCAUCGAUGGUUACGGCCGGCUCUAAGGUGAUAUUGCCAUCGAGACUAUUCGGUUCAACAGCACGGCGGGAGCGCGAGCGUGAACGCAAGCGGGAACGUGCACUCGAGCGUGAGCUAGAAAGAGAAAUAGAAAGUGACCAAGACCUGCCGUUAGAUACGAGCAUCAACUCAGACAUUUGUACUUCUCCCAUGCCAAGACGUAAGCAAGCGCGUCCGCGUCGACGCUCUGGUGAUCUACCACUCGAAAUGCCAAGCAAACCAGCUACGCCUGCACCCGUGGAGGAACCACCGCAAGCUGAAUCCCUGCCCCUGUCGCUGGAUGAGCAAUUGGAGAAGGCGCAUGCGGAGCGCUUAGAAGCUUUAAAGACUGUGAUUAAAACUGAGCUGACCGAGCCAAUGGACGAAGACGAGGGUGCUCGUCGUGAUGAUAGCGGAAACGGCAAUGACAGUCACCAAGAUAACAAUGAAACCCAAGAUAAGCCCGCAAGCACGUUUCAAUCAAGUGAAGAACCCCAGCAUAAUAAUCCACGCACGGAUGUGGCACUUUCACCAGAGCCACUGAAUGCGCAUAGUUCGAUGGACAUUGAAAAUGAGGAACAGGAACAGGAAGAUGAAAAUGAUAAUGACAAUGACAAUGACAAUGAUAUUGAGCAAGAAAACGAUGAUGAGCAAAUACCAGAUGCGGAAGAUAUCGAGGAACUUAUCAACGCCACCAAUGAAUUGCGUCGCAAAUCGAUGUCGAAUCUCUCGGAUGGCCCAGAGGAUCUCUGUACAACGAAGAAGGAUAAAAACGAUAUGAAUGGCAGUCACUCGGCUAAUGAAGUUGACGCGAGUCCUGCGAACAAUAACAAUAACAAUAAUAAAUUAAACAACAACAAUCGCAUUGUAUUGUCGCUAAAGGACAUACGCCAAUUAAAUAAACCAUCUUCUUCCUCCACCCCCAACUCAUCGAAUAACAUGCACCCUUUUGCGACGGCCAGCCUCCGAGAUCUGCGGCUAGAUCGCGCCGUCAGCGCAGCAGCCGAGAAUCAAUGCAAAAUGGAUGCACUAGAGGCGCAGAUGCACGCGGCUGCAGCAGCAGCAGCGGCGGCAGCAGCCAGUGGCGAGAAUCCAUUCCAACACAUGGAACAUCAGAUGGAUCUGUCUUUAGCGGCGGCCGCAGCAGCAGCCGCUGUUUCGCAUCAACAGUCACGUGAACGUGAUCAGGCAAUGCAACGUGAACAACGUGAGUUCCAAGAACACCACAACGCCUAUGCAAAUAGCAUACUGGGGCAAAUGGGUAUGCCCGGUAUGUCACCGUUCGGACCGCCAGGUGGGCCUGUGGGGCCAGCACCGCAUGAACGCCUCGAAGAGAGCAUGAAUCGAUUGAGCAAGGAAUUCGGGCCUAGCUCGCCUAUGAGCCUGCCAUCGCAUUUCAAUCCACCUGAUGGGCCACCACAUCCCCCUUCACCGCUGCAAUUUCCGGGUAUGUCAUCUGCGUUGGCGCUCACGCCACCACACAGUGAGUAA